AUUGAUUUAUCCCUGGCACUGCAGGGAUCGUGUGAGUCUGUGCCAGGACGUACACGCUCUUACUGAGACAUUUUCCAUCUUUCAGAUAGCAUGGUUCUUCUGAUCGGAUUACUUUGGUUGCUGAGUUUGAGUGGAGUGACUGAUAGCCAGAGACAGCUGACGACGAUAAAGCUAUUCAAAGCAAAGCGGACAUGGAAUGAUGCGCUCAAAUUCUGUUCCGCCAGGUCCAUGAACCUCUUGGAGGUCAGGACCAAGGCCAAGGCCGACGUUCUCGAUUGGAUUGACGCCGAAACUGGGAUAUGGUACAACAAAUUCCAGGAUAGCUGGAUAGGCCUACAUGGCAUCGCCUCCCUGUCGUCAUUCGGGUACAGCUGGGCUGGGGGCUGUACUCCUCACAACGGAGACGGGACGUCCUGGGAUGACUGGUUCAACGGGGAACCACUCAACCAACAGUCUAACAAGUGCGUCAAGAUUGUCAAGAGUGGUGCUGGAUUUGCCUGGAGGUCAGAGUCAUGCAGUCAAAAGAAAAUGCUAUUCUGCGAGUCUGUAGGAGGAGCUUGCAGAUUUCAUCAACAAACUAAGAGUGCGGAUAUAAACUUGCUAGUGACCAUCUCCAUAUCAGGGAUAUCGAGCGCCGCUCAGUGUAAGAAUGACUGUUUGACCUACACAGGAGGAUCCGGGGAGUGUUGGGGCGUAUCUUACGGUUCGACGUGCACUUUCUACAUAGCCAGCAGCCCUGUUCAACUGCUCAGCCCGGCCCCUGCGUCAACUUUCUACGCCAAGCAAUGUUUUAUUGGUGAUUAUGAUGGCACAGAUGACCAGAACAGUCCAGACACCAGCUCCAACCCCGAUACUGGGUGCAUUCUAGGUCAAGCUCUGACAACUCCGGCAAUGACGACCACUACUUCGACAACUACAACCAGUACAACAACAACUUCUACAACGACCACUACAACUAGUGCAACUACGACUACAACAACGACCCCUACUCCGACAACAAGUAGUACAACUACUUCUCCAACAACGCCCACCACACCGACCACUACAACUAGUGCAACUACUACUUCAACAACGACGAAUACUCCUACAACUACAACCAGUGCAACUACAACUACUCCAACAACGACCACCACUCCGACCAUUACACCUAGUGCAACUACUUCUACUCCAAUAACGACCACAACCCCGAUCACUACACCUAGUGCAACUACUGCUACUCCAACAACGUCCACAACCCCGACCACUACACCUAGUGCAACUACUACUACACCCACACUAACAACUACGUCUGCGCCAACAAUGGUCACAACUGUGACAACUAAUACUCCCACUCAUUCAACAGUAACAACAGCGGUGACAUCUGUUUUACAAACAACAGCCACAACAACAGCAACUUGGCCAACAGUCAGCCCAACUACACAAGCAUGGACAUCGUCUACCUUUGCCCUGACUACAACCACUACCCCUGACGCAACCCCUUCUCCCGACACAAACGCUAGUCCCGACGAAAACGCUACUCCCGACACAAACGCUACAACUGACACAACCGUUACCACUGUUACAACCACUACACCCGGCACAACCACUACUCCCGACACAAACGCUACUCCGGACACAAUCGCUACUCCAGACACAACCACUACUCCAGACACAGACGCUACUCAGGACACAACCACUACACUUGACACAACCACUACUCCCGACACAAACGCUACCCCUCACACAACCGUUACCACUAAGACAACCACUACUCCCGGCACAACCAUUACUUCCGACACAAACGCUACUCCGGACACAACCACUACUCCCGACACAAACGCUACUCCGGACACAACCACUACUCCAGACACAACCACUACGCCCGACACAAACGCUACUCAGGACACAACCGUUACCACUAAUAAAACCACUACUCCCGGCACAACCACUACUCCCGACACAAACGCUAUUCCGGACACAACCACUACUCCAGACACAACCACUACUCCAGACACAAACGCUAUUCCGGACACAACCGUUACCACUAAUACAACCACUACUCCAGACACAAACGCUAUUUCGGACACAACCACUACUCCAGACACAAACGCUACUCUGGAUACAACCACUGCUCCAGACACAACCACUACUCCAGACACAAACGCUACUCAGGACACAACCGUUACCACUAAUACAACCACUACUCCCGGCAUAACCACUACUCCCGACACAAACGCUAUUCCGGACACAACCACUACUCCCGAAACAAACGCUAUUCCGGACACAACCACUACUCCAGACACAAACGCUAUUCCGGACACAACCACUACUCCAGACACAAACGCUUUUCCGGACACAACCACUACUCCAGACACAAACGCUUUUCCGGACACAACCGUUAUUCCUGACACAAACGCUACCCCUGACACAACCGUUACUCCUGACACAACCACUACUCCCAUCACAACUCCUUCUCCCAACACAAACGCUUCUCCCGACACAAACGCUACUCCUACCCAGCUGCAUGGCGACACAUCUACGUCUCCUGGCACAGCGGGGACUGCAGCAGCGGAUGGACCAACAGUUGACACAAAUGUACAAGCAACGACAACUUCUCACGUUGUCAGGGAGACGGGCCCAGAUCAUCGACAGAAGCGGAUCUCCGCACCGGGAGCAUUGGCCACUCGGUCCCGGUGUGCGUUCUGUCACGUUAUUAUCAACCUGUACCAUUUCGACCUACAACAAUAA